CAGUCCAGGCCUGCCGUUCGCUCGUUUGUUCACCAUCAUUCACUCACUCACCCAGUCGUUCUUUCGGUCCUCUUUCUCGCUUGUUAGCUAGCCUCUGCCAAUUUCUCCUCGAAUGCAGUCCCCUCUGUUAUUCUUCCAACUGUCCUAGAUAGUUAGUUAGCGUCUGGGCUGCUCGUCAGAGCUGCGCCGCUUCCUGUCUCCGACCUCUGACUGAGCUACCUCUCUCUGCCACCACUUCUGUCGCGGAUUUCCGGUCUCUCCCCUGGCCCCAGGACAAGGCAACGUCAAGGGUUCGCAGGGUCGCACUCAAUGCUCUAACUUCCGCCCUUUUUCUAGCCUACUUUGCUGCCUUGCUGCAUUGGUUCGAGAUCUAGCUGGUGGCCGUCUGACCAUUUGCAUCACCGCUCUUGACGAUUCCCCGCCGACGUCUUUAUCGCGGCCACAGCGCCGCUCCGCUCCUUAAGUCGCCAUGCUGCUCAAACCCGCCACACCCCUCACCAUCCUCCUGUUGAUCGCUUUUGCGCUACUCCUCAUAUCUGUCAUCUCCACGCCCAUUGUUAAGAGCAUUGCGCUGGCGCGACAUGAUAAUGUGGACUAUGGCGUAUUCGGUUACUGCAAGGGCGAUGUAUGCACCAGCAUUCAUGUUGGUUACGCUGACGACGACAUAACAUCAGAAGAUGGCACAUUCAGCAUUGCACCUAGCACCCGCAGAUCGCUUUCGGCUAUUCUGAUCGUCCAUCCGGUCGCUGCGUUUCUCACACUCAUCUGUCUGUGUUUAGCGGCAGCAGCUCACUUUCAUGCUCCAUCGCAUUCGCCCCGCUAUUUGCUGGCCUUGUUGAUCUUACUGCUCCCGACUCUGCUUGUGUCGCUCCUGGCGUUCCUGGUGGACAUCCUAUUGUUUGUGCCGCAUAUGGCCUGGGCGGGAUGGAUUGUGCUGGUCGCGACUAUUCUUCUUGUCACCUGUGGCGUGGUUACGUGCGCGAUGCGACGGACGCUCGUCAGCCGCAAAGCGAGGAAGAAGCGCAUUAACGAAAACGCUGAGAUGAGUGGGGAGAACUACUACAACCGCCAGAAUGCUGCCGCCGCCGCAGCAGGACUGAACGACCCCGCGCCCCUCAGCAUGGACACCAAAGAGCCUGUCGUCACCGGAUCUCCGCCUUCGUCCGAGACGGGGCCUACGUUUGCUACAUUCCGUACCACUACGCACGACAGUGAUGAUGACCGCACCCCGCUAAAUUCACGCAAUCCACAGACCGAGCCCCCGCUUCCAGACAAUCAGUAUGCCCGGGUGCGGGCCGACAGAAUGGCCUACAAUUCUUCGCCCGAGGAGGCCGGUAUCCCUGCUGGGACGCAUGCCCCGGGCCCGAGGAUGCACCCUGGACAACCUGACCCUCGUCUGCGCAAUCAGUACUCCGACGGCAGCAUGGGAUCGCGGAGAGGACCACCCCCACCAGGCUUUGCACGUGGACGAGGUGGUUAUCCGGCGCGAGGAGGUUACGGUCGCGGAGCGCCUUAUGGAGGGCCAGGACCUAGGGGGCCCCCUCCUGGCAUGAACGGUGGCCCAAUGGGUCCAAUGCGCGGUGGACAUCUAGGACCCAUGGGACGAGGCUACCGGGGACCCCCUCCUGGUGGCUAUGCUCCCGCACCCCGACCGACCCCUCCUCCGGAAGACGAGUACGAAUACCGUCACCCGUCACCCGUUGCGACUCGACAGCCGUCCCCCGGGCCGAUCGGAAUGGCCGUGUCUCCGGAUCAUGCCAGUCCAAUUGAACAGGCCAUUGAAAUGCAACCACAGCCACGACGAGUGGGAUCUGCUGAUCCCGAAGCGCACGAUGUGAUCCUUCAAGCCCAGCCACAUGCCCUAUCGAUAGAUGGGUACCAAGAGCCGAUUAGUCCCUCAAGUCUCUACAGCGGGUCCUAUGCUCCUGCACGUGCUGGAUGGGCUCCAGAAGCACCCCAUGUCGGCCACUCUCCCUCCCCUGUCCAUGCAUACGGAGGGGCACCGCAACAUGCACGGACCCCUUCGGCGGACUAUUUUGAAGAUGCCGACCCUCGAUUUGCAACAAAUGAGUCGGCGGUGGGCAAGGCGCGGUUGCCGGCCGUUUUGACGCCAGGUGCUAUUGGUGAGAGGAAACCGAUGGUAGAUUUGGCCGAAGGCCCCAGCUCACCGACUACUAGCGAAGUAAGCCACUUCACAUCAAUAUCUGAGCGGCCUAUCAACCCUCGCUGGCGCCCGCCUCCCAUGCCAGCACAACGGGCGCAGGACGUUCUUUUAGAGAACAACCCAGACUUUGACCUGCGGGCUGGCACUGGACGAGGAGGUGCUGGUGGCGUUGGGAGUCGGAUGCCCGCCGUGUCGAUACCUCGAGAUGCGGCAAGAUACCCUAUCUGAACAUAAUCGUAAUCAUUUCCUCUACACUGUUGAUGUGCUUGUCACGCCAGUACGCGGGUCAUGCGUGGAGUUCUGGAGUCUCACUGAAAAUUGGGUUGUUGUGUUCCUGCGCCUCUUCUGUCAUGCUUGCGCCGCAUGGCACUGCAAAUACGCGCACUCUGUCCGUUGCGUCGGUCCAUGUAUAUGAACAAUGGGAAGAUCCGAGUGUACACGAGGAUGUCUUACAUUGACAUGAGCUUGUGUUUAGUUAUGAUUGUUAUGUUAGUGCAAUAGCCAUGAUUGUGAUGUUGUCAGCUGUCCGUCAGGCUGUACAAUGGUUAGAUGCUUCCUGUCAAGA